AUGAUGCGGCUGCGAGGCUCGGCGAUGCUGCGAGAGCUGCUCUUGAGGCCGCCCGCCGCCGUCGGAGCCGUCCUGCGGCGCGCGCAGCCCUUCGGUACCCUAUGCCGGCGCCCCCGGGGCGGGAGCCGACCGACCGCUGGCCUGGUGGCCGCUGCGCGACUCCACCCGUGGUGGGGCGGGGGCGGCCGCGCGAAGGGCCCUGGCGCGGGCGGCCUGUCCAGUUCGCCCUCGGAGAUCCUUCAGGAGCUGGGCAAGGGAGGUACGCCGCCACAGCAGCAGCAACAGCAGCCAGGGGCGCCGCCACCCGCAACCCCGGGCCCCAAGGACAGCCCGGGGGAGACGGACGCGUUCGGCAACAGCGAGGGCAAGGAGGUGGUGGCCGCGGGCGACAAUAAAAUAAAACAGGGUCUGUUACCUAGCUUGGAAGAUUUGCUGUUCUAUACAAUUGCAGAAGGACAAGAAAAGAUACCUGUUCACAAGUUUAUUACAGCACUCAAAUCUACAGGAUUGCGAACAUCUGAUCCCAGGUUGAAAGAGUGUAUGGAUAUGUUAAGAUUAACUCUUCAGACAACGUCAGAUGGUGUCAUGCUAGACAAAGAUCUUUUUAAAAAGUGUGUUCAGAGCAACAUUGUUUUGUUGACACAGGCAUUUAGAAGAAAGUUUGUCAUUCCUGACUUUAUGUCUUUUACCUCACACAUCGAUGAGUUAUAUGAAAGUGCUAAAAAGCAGUCUGGAGGGAAGGUUGCUGAUUAUAUUCCUCAACUGGCCAAAUUCAGUCCUGAUUUGUGGGGUGUAUCUGUCUGUACCAUAGACGGGCAAAGGCAUUCUAUUGGAGAUACCAAAGUUCCCUUUUGUCUUCAGUCCUGUGUAAAACCCCUGAAAUAUGCAAUUGCUGUUAAUGACCUGGGGACUGAGUAUGUGCAUCGCUAUGUUGGGAAGGAGCCAAGUGGAUUAAGAUUCAACAAACUCUUUUUGAAUGAAGAUGAUAAACCACAUAAUCCUAUGGUGAAUGCUGGAGCAAUUGUUGUGACUUCACUAAUAAAGCAAGGAGUAAAUAAUGCUGAGAAAUUUGACUAUGUGAUGCAAUUUUUGAAUAAGAUGGCUGGUAAUGAAUAUGUCGGAUUCAGUAAUGCAACAUUUCAAUCUGAACGAGAAAGUGGAGAUCGAAACUUUGCAAUAGGAUAUUACUUAAAAGAAAAGAAGUGUUUUCCAGAAGGAACAGACAUGGUUGGGAUACUAGAUUUUUAUUUCCAGCUGUGCUCCAUUGAGGUGACAUGUGAAUCAGCAAGUGUGAUGGCUGCAACCUUGGCUAACGGCGGCUUCUGCCCGAUUACUGGUGAAAGAGUACUCAGUCCUGAGGCAGUUCGGAAUACACUGAGCUUGAUGCAUUCCUGUGGCAUGUAUGACUUCUCAGGGCAGUUUGCCUUCCAUGUUGGUCUUCCUGCAAAAUCUGGAGUUGCCGGGGGUAUUCUUUUAGUUGUUCCCAACGUCAUGGGCAUGAUGUGUUGGUCUCCUCCUCUUGACAAGAUGGGCAACAGUGUUAAAGGAAUUCACUUCUGUCAUGAUCUUGUUUCUCUGUGUAACUUCCAUAACUAUGAUAAUUUGAGACACUUUGCAAAAAAACUUGAUCCUCGGAGAGAAGGAGGUGAUCAAAGGGUAAAGUCGGUGAUAAACCUUCUGUUUGCUGCCUAUACUGGAGAUGUGUCUGCCCUCCGAAGAUUUGCUUUGUCGGCCAUGGACAUGGAGCAGCGGGAUUAUGACUCAAGAACAGCCCUCCAUGUCGCUGCUGCAGAGGGUCAUGUUGAAGUUGUCAAGUUUUUACUGGAAGCUUGCAAAGUAAACCCUUUCCCCAAGGAUAGGUGGAAUAACACCCCCAUGGAUGAAGCACUGCAUUUUGGACACCAUGAUGUUUUUAAAAUCCUCCAGGAAUACCAAGUUCAGUACACACCUCAAGGGGAUUCUGAUGAUGGAAAGGAAAACCAGACUGUCCACAAGAAUCUUGAUGGGUUGUUAUAAUGGUCUGAAUCCCAAGACUUCCAUUACUUACCUAGUGAUUGUGGAACAUGAUUAUGGAGAACAUGUGUAUUUCUAUCUGGUAGUAAUAUGUAUUUACAACCUCUGUCACUGCAGUGUUACUGGAGCUUCCUUCAUUGUGCGCAUACGACAAAUCUGAGUUCUUUGGGGAAAGAUAGAAAUGAAGCAGCCUCCCUUCAUAAUGUGAGCAAUAGUUACCUCGUGCGUUGUACAGUUUGAUGUGAAAGAGUAGUUACCGAUGCUAGCUGAACUGUGUGGUCCUCAUGCUUUGUGUUUUGUAAAUUUUCAAGCCCUGGUGAUGAUAUGCUCACAUGCACUUAGGAUUGGGCUUUGUUGUACAGUCUGUCCACAGGGUCGAUGCUGUCAUUAGACAAAAAAUAGUGUGAUCUUUAAGACUUUAAACACAGAUUUAGUUUGAGUGUCUGAGAGACCACUGCACUUGUAUGGUUGAGUGUUUAAAGUGUCCAUCACCCUCACUUCACAGUGUGACUCUUUAAAUAUUAAAAUAGUAACUAACUGUUCAUAGAAUAUGCCGAUUCUGAUUAGAUUUUAUCAGGGAAUCUGUUAAGAUAUGUUUGGUGACCAAAACAUAUGUGUGAAUAUAGUUCUAGCACUUGUAAACUUUUCCUUCCCAUACAGCGCUUGGGCUGGCCUCUCUGUGGUGUGUAGCUGUCAGCCCCCUCAGCUGGAAAAGAGAGCGCUGGCUUUCUAUGCAGUUUUCAGAUCUCCUCAGCAAGCCAUCAAGUCUCACCUUUCUCCCAUCAGAGAUACAGCCUGGCUGUUUAUCUAAGGAAGAUGAGCCAAAACUACAACAUCUAAAUUAACCGUCAGUCUUAAGAGUAAAGACAGUGAUGCUGCACAAUUAUAGGUUCUCUUCAGCUUCUACAAGAAAGAAAAAUUCAGAAAUGCUUUCAGUUACCAAAGUUAUAAUGAUAUAUAUAGAAAAAGCUACAAAUAACAUCUACUUUUAACUCUGCUGUCCUAUCUGCAUCGAAAUAGCACUCCUUUGUGGCAGACCCCAAGUAUCUUCUCUUCCUCUACUGCCUGCCUGUUGGUGGGUUGUAUCGUUCACUAAGAAAAGUCCACUUCAUUUUAAAUUUAGACCCACCAUUUCUUUGUUUUGGAAAGGUAAUUUAUGAUUAAGUUGGAUAAUAAGUAAAAGCGACCUUACAGAGAACUUCCUUGUCUAGGAGUCCCACAUACUGGACCCUAUUAAACCUCCAAGAGAUUAGGGGUGUGUUAGGGAGGACUUUUGAUAUUAAGCACACAUGUACACACACACGGACUUCUUGGAAACUGCUUUAUGAAAUAAGCAAAAUUCUCAACUACGCAGAUACUAGUGGUUUCCACAGUAACACAGAAUCUUCCGUGACCCUCACUGUCUGCACUGUUUGUAUCCAAGCUAUAUGCCUGGUGGCACAUUAUUCACCCGGUAACCAGCUGCUUUGAUCCUGUUUCAGUCAAAGUCAGCUUCAGCCAGCCCCUCCACCCCCUGGCCAGCACCACCCUUGAUGAAACUAUGGCUAAUGUUCCUUCACUGGGACAGGCACCACGAACGAGUUUCUAAGUUCCAGAGUCUGUGGGGAGGAUGGUGAGUGUCACUGCGCUCCUUCUUCCACACCCCUCAAGACAGGUAUGGUGGCACUUGGAACAUCCUACACAGGGACAACCUCCAAAGUUAAGGGGUGAACAUGUUUUAUUGGAAUCAACUGAGAUAAUGCUAUUCCAAUAGAAGCUGGCUUUUUGUGAUUCAGUAUGUGACUUAAGUAUUGCCAGUGACUUUGAGGAUUCCCUCCAAUAAUGGAUUUGUAUAUUAUUUGAGACAAAUGUUUUCAUCUUUUCUCAGCUCAGUGCUGUUUUGUACAGUCUUUGUGGCUUGGUUGAGUAUGCUCUUUUUCCCGUGCCAGGUCUUGCUCUGGCUGUUUGCUACUGGCUGAUAAUAACAAGGACUCUGUACGUGUGUGAAUGAGCUGCUAACUGCUGCCAUCAGUAAACUCCAAAGAUGUGUUUGUUUUGGCUUUACAAUCUUAGGUAAUUUUUCUGUAUCGCAGAACCAUUACAUGAUCAUGUUGCUUUGAAGCUCUUUAUAUACCACUGUUUCUGCUGUCUUGGUUCUGACACCCCCAUCCGGUGAUACGCUACACCCCACUGCUGCCUACACACGCUUUAGCUGCAGAGCUGGAUUUACUGUUGAUCCAGCUGUCUGUCAGGGACUCGAUAACCUUAUGUUUAAUUUAGGUCCCUGCUGGGGAGUCCACAGCUAUGAAUGUAUUUACUUCCAACAUUUCCCAAAAUAAAACCUUAAAACUAUAAAGUGUAAAUAUUCUGAAAUUGGGAAAUAUUUAUUUUAAAUGAGAUCAGGUAGUGUUGCUUUUUACAGCAUAAUAAAUAUGUGUAUUGAAAACAA